CGAUCCCCUCUCACCUCGUUAGAAAAAAUCUCUUGAAUUUAGCUUUCAUCAUCAGAGUUGGGAAACAUGUACACACACACACACACACCGCAGCACGACGCGGGUGUGUGUAUCUUUAUUUCGGUGUCAUCUUCCAUACUCUCGCCUUGGAGACUUGUUGUCAAUGGCGUGAAUCUACAGUAUUACACACGACGGCCCCUUUUCCAUCUCAAUCAACGCUCAAAUCGGAAAAAUCAAGUUGCGAGACUGCUGCUGGCCUGGAUUCUUCAUACAUCCAGGCAGCUAUUUUUUGAAUCGAAUCGAAAAUGAUGGAGGAGCACAGCGACAAUUUCUUUUUCCCGAUUUGACAAAAAAGAAGAAUUUUGAUCGAUUGGAAAAACGUGACAACGUUGUGAUUGUUUACUCAUUUUCUACUGCUUGAAAAAUUGACGAACGACUUGAAUAUUUAAAUUGGUGACGUGGAAUCGUUUUUUUCACUAUUGGAAUGGAGUUCCAUUUCGACGACGACGAUUUAAUAUGGAACAUUUCCAAUGAAAAACCCGUUCACAGUCGGUUUGAUAGUCUUUUGAAAAAUCAAUGGGAAAUCGCUGCAGAGGCUGGUGUGUGCCGGUAUCGACUCACCAACUUGCAAACUAAAAUUCUUCCGGGGAAAUAUGGAUUCGUUGCACAGCUGAAUUCAGACAGGGCAACCCAGCGGCGGCUGCCCCAAAACUUGCAGAAAGUCAACAGUCCUUUUGAUGGCACUCUAUUCAACUUCAACAAAGUUCCUGCCCAAGAGGUUUUGUUGAAGCCUGGCAAUAAAGCAGCAGCAGCGGCAGCAACUUCUGGCAAAAUAAAGGACAAUGAGGCUACUGAUGCUGUUGUCAUAAUCAAUGUCAGUCCUUUGGAGUUUGGCAACAGUCUACUUGUCCCUAAUGUGACAGCAAACAUCCCUCAGAGAAUCACCCAAGAGGGACUUGAUCUCCUUGUGAGGCUAAUGCUCCUGAGCACUGAUGUGAAUUUGAAGGCCGGUUUCAACAGCCCCGGAGGAUAUGCAUCUGUCAAUCAUCAGCAUUACCAUCUCUAUUAUUUGCGUGAGAGGCUCUACCUGGAAACAGCGGCUGUGGAGCCAAUCGCUGGGCCUUGUUUCGCUUUAACUGAUUUCCCAUCGAAAGGUUUCGCAUUUCAGCUGACGGAUAACGAUCCAGCACUCCUCGCCAAGAACGUGUUUACUUUGGUCUCUUACCUUUGCGCCAACGAGAUUGCCCAUAAUCUGUUCGUGACUCGAGGGAAACGCUUCGGCGGAACUCUUACCACCGCCGAUGUCUACGAUACGCUGCGCGUGUUCGUCUGGGCCAGAGAACCUGCAUUCGGAGUCAAAGAAGAAAUAGGAUUCAACCCUGCACUUUGCGAGCUGGCCGGCCACCUUUUGAUCAAAGAGCCACCAGCCUACCAGGUCGUGACGGAAAAAGAAGCCGCCCAACUGCUGGACAGCAUCACGGCACCCUGGUUCGAGCGCGUCGGCGCCCAGAUUGCCCAUCUCUUUGCUUUUGCCACGUAGUCAAAAACGAUCGCUCCCAGUUGACAGAUGACUGACGUAAAUGACCCUGUUGUAAUUAAAUCGCGCCAGCUUUUUUCUCUCGACCAGCUCAACUGGUUCCGUGAGGUUGUGCACAGCACAGACAACAGUAACGAUUUUUCGGUUUAUUUCGGUUUGCAUCAAUUUUCAUUUGGAGCCGGGCCACGUUUGGCUGGGUUGAAACAAUUUCAGGUCGUUUGCUGUUUUUGCCUUCGUUGUCUCUUACAAAACGCUGACCAGUGAAACACAGUUGUUUAAACUAUUUUAAUUUUUUAUUCUGGGGGGUUUUUGUGUAUAUUUCAUCUUGACGUGAUAAUUAUGUUGUCAACAAAACUACGAUGAUAGAUUCGCAGGGGGAAUUCUAAAGGGCUGGAAUUCCGGUAAUUUAUACCCCCCCCUCCCCCAUUCAACCAUCAUUUGACAAUGUCAAAUGAUGGUUAACGCCGUAAAAACGCCGUAAAAUUCUGUUCUGUGCUGGUCACGACCGUCGUGAUUCUGUAGGUUAACCGCAGUUACACUAGACAUAUAUGUUAGAAAUGAUUUCUACCGUGAUAUUAGAGGUAGAACUAAUAUACUACGUUUUAAUUAAAAUAAUUGAAACAUGAAAUGAA